AAACUUGAUAAAUUUCAAAGCAAGUAACAAUAAGUUGAAUGGUACUUCAAAAGAGAGUAUUGGUGUGCUUUCUUAUCUUGAGUUUUUAGAUGUCUCUUCAAACUCUCUUGAUGGGAUUAUCUCUGGAGUGAACCUAAGGUGUCCCAAAUUGAAGAGACUGUAUUUUUCCUAUAACUCAGCCUUGAGAUUGAAAUUCAACUCCAAUUGGGUUCCCCCAUUUAAGUUGGAAACCAUAUUCCUCAUAUCUUGCAAGUUAGGUCCACAGUUCCGUAGUUGGUUGCAAACACAAUCACAACUCUCCUAUCUUGACAUUUCAAAUUCUGACAUUUCUAGUGCUGUUCCUAAUUGGUUCAGUAAUAUAUCAUCCAAUUUGGAGUACUUAAAUAUGUCUUUCAAUUUUCUUUAUGGCACCUUGCCACAUUUUCCAUUGAUGGGUGCUUAUACAGUUGAUUUGAGUUUCAAUCAAUUCAAUGGUUCUAUUCCAUCUUCUCUCUCCAAUGCAACCCAUUUAUAUCUCUCCAAUAAUAAUUUCACUAGUUGAAGCUCUUUUCUAUGUGAAGCCAAAGAUGUGGUAACAAGAAUUCUUGACAUGUCCAAUAAUCAAUUUUCAGGGAGCCUUCCUGAUUGUUGGGGGAAUUUCAAUAGGACUCUAUUUUUUCUGAAGUUGGACAGCAAUGAAUUCUCAAGAAAGAUCCCAAUUUCCAUUGGAAGUUUGACAAAACUUCAAUCUCUACAGUUGGAGCACAAUAACUUCUUGGGACCUUUGCCUUCUACACUGAAAAACUGCACUAGACUACAAGUUUUGGAUUUGGGAUGGAAUAGUUUCGAAGGAAUAAUACCAUUAUGGAUUGGUGAAAGAUUUACUUCAUUGGUUUUUCUCAAUCUGAAAUCAAAUGAAUUUCAAGGAAACAUACCAUUGAAUCUCUGUCAUCUUUCUCAUAUCCAAAUAUUGGAUCUCUCCUUAAAUAAUCUAAGUGGUGCUAUUCCUUCUUGCUUUGCAAAUUUCACAUCAAUGGUUCAGAACACUGGCGCUACAAGUCCCAACAUUUUGAUAACAUAUGGUCCUGAUUACAUGGGAGAGUAUCAAAGUCUUGCAUCACGGGUUAUUUGGAAAGGAAUAGAGUAUGAAUAUAAGAGUAUUCUUGGUUUGCUAAGACUGAUUGAUCUAUCGAGUAAUAAAUUGGGUGGAGAGAUACCUAUUGACAUGACUCGUCUUUUGGAAUUGACUCAGUUAAACCUAUCACGAAACGAGUUGAGUGGAAACAUUCCUAAAGAGAUUGGGAGCUUGACUAAGUUAGAGUCUUUGGAUCUGUCCCAUAACAAGCUUUCUGGUGCCAUUCCCAUCAGCCUGGCACAAGUGUCUCUUCUGAAUCAUUUGGAUUUGUCAAACAAUCGAUUGUCAGGAAAAAUUCCCACAAGCACUCAACUACAAAGUUUCCAUGCUUCUACAUAUACCAUGAACCAUGGACUCUGCGGACCUCCUCUGACAAGUUCAUGUCAUGAAGAUGGAACUUUGCAAGAAGGUUCUUUGGCCUCAGCUCAUGAUAAAGAAGAUGAAACGUGGUUUGAGUUGUCAUGGUUUUAUAAAGGAAUUGGAGUUGGAUUCACUGUAGGAUUUUGUGGAGUUUGUGUCAAUUUAGUGAUGAUAAAGCAUUUCAUGCAUAGCCUAAGAAAUGUGCUAUCAAAGGCACUGCGCUGAGAAGAAAGCUUACUGCAAUUGACAGUAGAUUCCUCUGGUGAUGAAGAUCAGACUUAGUGGCUGCAAGGAUUCUAAGAGUUCAAAGUUUAAAAGCAACAGAAUUAAUGGGUCAAGCUUGAAGCAUUUGAAUCUCUAUACUGUUUUUAGUAGCUGAUGCUUUUGACUAUUGUUAAGUAAGUUUGUAAACUUUGUUUCUACAAUUACACUUACCAAACAAAGAUUAACUUUCUCUUAA